CUUGUAAUUACGUAGUGAAGUUCCCUUGGAAACAGUAACUCUUGACAGUAACGCUUCAAAAUCCAAACGUCGUUUGUCUAAAUUUCAGAUUAUGAGUUUUCAGACAGACCCAGAUGCAAGUGAAGGCGACAAGGAAGUAUAUGUCGAAACACUGCAAGACAAUGAACCGCACUCCUCAGAGAGCUCGUUAGGGUCAGGCAUUCCACCCGCUCCACCGUGCACCCCUAUCGAACUAUCGGAAUGCACAGAAGUCGACACCAAUGAACUACUCCCAAACACAUUAACCGAGCAAACAUCUGACAUAGUAAUUGACGAAAUCGAAAGACGCAUCCGAAUUUCUGAGGCGGCGCGUGAAAUUUCAUGCUCCUACAUUAGCGAGGCGCUAACAGACGAAUGCAUUCUUUAUUCGGACAUCGAGACGUUUUCGGGGUACUUCGUUGAUGAAAUUAUCGAAACCUCGAUCGGUAGAUUAAUACAAGAGCAAGACAAAUUAGGAAUCACCGUCAUAAUUGAAGCUGCACGAUCAACAUCUCACACAAAUUCGGCACUAGAUUCACUUUGGCCACGAAACGGCGAGUUUACAAAAGAAACCGGAAUGGAUGCAAUCCAUGAAUACCUCAGAACCUGGAUUUAUGUAGAAGAUUGGUUAUACUGCGUCGACUUCUUAAUGGUCCAAAGUGACGAAUGUAGCGAGUAUUAUCUGUACGAGGCAAAGUUCAGCAUACCCACACGGUGCUAUCCCAUUCCUCAAGCAACUGCAAGCGUAUUUUUCACUGUUGAAGUUUCCAGAAUUAAACCUCUAUACUGUCCUGUGGACAUAUCAUACGUGUUUGAGGGGUCCAGUCUUGUGAGAGUCCCAGGAAAGGUGCCGUUCGACGAAAGUUUUUUAUUUGACAUUGUUGACGCCAAAUUAUCUUUAUAUAAAUCAAUUUCUUUCUAAUUUUCUUUGUUACCCAAGCUACCCAAAAAAAAUGUCUUUGAGUGGAGGAAGAAUCCUUCCGUUUAAGUUACCUAAGUAUCGUGCAUUAUUUUGUUCAGUUUUUAGCUUCCUAGCCCGAACUAGGUGGCUAUUACGAUCACCGUUUCUUGGAC